UUUUUUGUGUGUCUCCGUGCAGCAGUAUUGAAACGUCCGCCUAGAUCACGUGGGGGCCCUGUAUAGAAAGCAGGGAAAGAGGAGGGAGGGGCUGCAGCGGCCCUGCUGUGCUCUUUACUGAUCUUGGGGCGGAAAAGAAAUAAUCUCUGCGUGGUCCACUCUGUGCUGAAAAACGAAAUCUCUCUGGGAAAAUUCUGAAAAUAAACUCAACAAUUUAUAGCUCAGUUGUAUGUCAGUAGCGUGGAUGUCGCAUGUUCUGCAGCGUGUCUGCUUGUUGGAGAAGGGCGGCAGCCAAGGCCUAACCAAUGGGUGUGUGUAUGUGUAUAAGUGUGAACGUAGCGGUCUCCCUUGGAUGUAUCCCAUGUGCGUAUGGUUUCUCUGUUUAUGUUAGUGGCCUAUUUCUGAUUAAGCCUUAAAUUCUUUAAUUCGCUGAUUUUUCUGUUAAGUUAAUUUCUUGUUCCGAGGAAACCUUACUGAAGCGUCUCUAUGGGAGGGGCAGACUGCAGUCCUUAAAUACUAUAUUUUGGACUCCGUUAUAGGUUUUUCAUCUUACACAGCUUAUCUGACUAGAUUUGAUACGAAGUACCUGAUUGUUAACAAAUAUAAAACUUAGGGAGGCCUACAUUUAGUAGCACCACACUGAUAACUAAAGAUGAAUUGGUUGUGCUGAAUUGGUUAAUGGAAUUAAGAAAUGAAAUUAAGAGAGAUAGUUAUUCUUAAAUUGUAAGUUUGUUAACUCUGAACAUUGAAAGAUGGUUGUCCAAAUUUAUUUCAAAUGGUAUUAUAUUCUCUUUACAAAUUAUUUGAUGUAUACAUGUUACAGAUAAAUUAGAUAUACUGAUUUGAAUAAUUAAUUUAAAUUAUAUCUAAUUUUUAAGCUUGCAAUUUUAAGAGGUUUUUUCACUUUAAUUACCUUUUGCAAUUAGUAAAUAUAUGCAACAUUAACUUUAAAGUAUCUAGAUCUUACAGUGGUGAGGUAUCUGCCUUUUUGUACUGUCUAUUAGAAGCAGCUACAUCAUUUUAAUGAGCUCAUGUGGCAAGAAUGUUUCCAUUCCAUUGAUUAAGUUUAUAAUAUGCAAUCAUAUCAUAUGACUGGUUCUUAUAAGCCAUCAUUCCUUGGGAUAGUAAAGUUUUUUCUUCUGUUCAGUCAUACCAAUUCUCUGAGACUGCCUGGAUAGCCCUGCAGUUUUUUUGGCAAGCUUUUUCAGAACUGAUUUGCCAUUGCCUCCUACCUAAGGAAAGUAACUGGCCCAAGGUCAUCCAUCCUUUGUGCCUAAGGUGGGACUAAAACUCAUGGUUUCUCAGUUUCUAGCCUGACCACUACUCAAACUUAGUUAAGAAAAUAGAUUUUUUUUAAAGGAAAAGUAAGUAUCCGUGGAAAUUGCAUAUAAGUGUCCACUACAAAGCUUCUAUGUGUGUUUAAACUGCUCAAGAAAAAGUAUAACCAGGAAUGGAAAUAGUGCUUGUUGACACCGAGAACUAUAGAAUUAAAUACCUGAGAAAAGUGUAACUAGAUAUUGAAAAACAUGCUUAAUUUUGGACAGUGAUGUGAGGAAAAUUGUUCUGUCAAACCAAGUAAAGAUGUAAUUUCCAAUAACAUAGAAAUUCUAUAUCUGUUAUAUGUAAACAUCACAUUUGGACAGGUGUAGUUGGUUACAUUUUGUACUUAAUAGCAGAAGGUAUAUACAAUUUACUAUAACUACUCUAGGGAUAUUUAAAGUUCAAUCCUAAGAGGUUACGCCUGCUGAAUUUAAUAGGGGGGUUUGAGAGUGAAUGAAUUGAGAUUGCAGCCUUGUUUUGCCAAAUUAAAACAACCUCAACAUAAUCAUUAUCUGUUUAGUUAUUAUUUCUUUACACAUUUGCAUUAUGGAUUCCAAUAGAAAAUAGUAAUUGGACCAUUUCCAAAACAAUAUGAACCACUGGAACAUAGUAAUCUAUGCCAGCAAUUAUGACAAUGUUAGCAGACCAUGCAGCACGGCAGCUGCUGGAUUUCAACCAGAAGUUGGAUAUAAAUCUGUUGGAUAAUGUGGUGAACUGCCUGUAUCAUGGAGAAGGAGCCCAGCAAAGGAUGGCACAGGAAGUCUUGACUCACUUAAAGGAACACCCUGAUGCAUGGACAAGAGUUGAUACUAUUCUGGAAUUCUCUCAGAAUAUGAACACCAAAUAUUAUGGCCUGCAGAUCUUGGAAAAUGUGAUAAAAACAAGGUGGAAGAUCCUUCCAAGAAACCAAUGUGAAGGUAUCAAAAAGUAUGUUGUUGGCUUAAUUAUCAAGACCUCCUCUGAUCCAACAUGUGUUGAAAAAGAGAAAGUAUACAUUGGGAAAUUGAACAUGAUUCUUGUUCAGAUACUAAAACAAGAAUGGCCAAAACAUUGGCCAACAUUCAUCAGUGAUAUUGUUGGGGCCAGCAGAACAAGUGAAAGCCUUUGCCAGAACAACAUGGUCAUCUUGAAGCUAUUGAGUGAAGAAGUCUUUGAUUUUUCCAGUGGACAGAUAACUCAAGUGAAAGCCAAACAUUUAAAGGACAGCAUGUGCAAUGAAUUCUCACAGAUAUUUCAGCUAUGUCAAUUUGUGAUGGAGAACUCUCAAAAUGCUCCUCUUGUUCAUGCGACAUUGGAAACUUUACUUCGAUUUCUCAACUGGAUUCCACUGGGCUAUAUUUUUGAGACCAAAUUGAUCAGUACAUUAAUAUACAAAUUUUUAAAUGUUCCUAUGUUCCGAAAUGUUUCUUUGAAGUGCCUAACAGAAAUUGCUGGUGUCAGUGUGAGUCAGUAUGAGGAACAAUUUGUCACACUCUUUACUUUAACCAUGAUGCAGUUGAAACAGAUGCUUCCUUUGAACACCAAUAUACGACUGGCAUAUUCCAAUGGAAAAGAUGAUGAACAGAUUUUCAUUCAGAAUCUCAGCUUGUUUCUCUGUACCUUUUUAAAAGAGCACGGUCAACUUAUAGAAAAACGUUUAAAUCUCAGAGAGACGUUAAUGGAAGCUCUCCAUUACAUGUUGCUGGUAUCUGAAGUAGAAGAAACUGAAAUCUUCAAGAUUUGUCUGGAGUAUUGGAAUCAUCUGGCUGCUGAAUUAUAUAGAGAGAGUCCAUUUUCAACAUCAGCUUCUCCAUUGCUAUCUGGAACUCAGCAUUUUGAUGUUCCUCCCCGGAGACAAUUGUAUUUGCCUGUGCUGUCUAAGGUGCGAUUAUUGAUGGUUAGCCGCAUGGCAAAACCAGAAGAAGUACUUGUUGUAGAAAAUGAUCAAGGAGAAGUUGUUCGAGAAUUUAUGAAAGAUACAGACUCUAUCAACUUGUACAAGAACAUGAGAGAAACAUUAGUUUAUCUUACCCAUCUGGAUUAUGCAGAUACCGAACGAAUAAUGACAGAGAAGCUUCACAAUCAAGUAAAUGGUACUGAAUGGUCAUGGAAAAAUCUCAAUACCCUGUGUUGGGCUAUAGGUUCAAUAAGUGGAGCAAUGCAUGAAGAAGAUGAGAAGAGGUUUCUUGUAACAGUAAUAAAGGAUCUUCUUGGACUCUGUGAGCAAAAAAGAGGAAAAGAUAAUAAAGCCAUUAUUGCAUCAAAUAUAAUGUACAUAGUAGGACAAUAUCCAAGAUUUUUGAGAGCCCACUGGAAAUUUCUGAAGACUGUUGUCAACAAGCUAUUUGAAUUUAUGCAUGAAACUCAUGAUGGGGUCCAGGACAUGGCUUGUGAUACUUUUAUAAAAAUAGCGCAAAAAUGUCGAAGGCACUUUGUUCAAGUUCAAGUUGGAGAAGUAAUGCCAUUCAUUGAUGAGAUCCUGAACAAUAUUAACACAAUUAUUUGUGAUCUUCAGCCACAGCAGGUGCAUACGUUUUAUGAAGCAGUUGGAUAUAUGAUUGGUGCUCAAACUGACCAGACAGUACAAGAGCAUUUGAUAGAGAAAUAUAUGUUACUCCCUAAUCAAGUAUGGGACAGCAUAAUUCAACAAGCUACAAAAAAUGUUGAUAUUCUUAAAGACUCUGAAACAGUUAAGCAGUUGGGGAGUAUCCUGAAAACUAAUGUGAGGGCAUGUAAAGCUGUUGGACAUCCAUUUGUAAUUCAGCUUGGAAGAAUUUACUUAGAUAUGCUGAAUGUGUAUAAGUGCCUAAGUGAAAACAUUUCUGCAGCUAUUCAAGCAAAUGGUGAAAUGGUAACAAAGCAACCUCUGAUUAGAAGUAUGAGAACAGUAAAAAGGGAAACUUUAAAACUCAUUUCUGGUUGGGUGAGCAGAUCUAAUGAUCCUCAGAUGGUAGCUGAAAACUUUGUUCCACCUUUGCUGGAUGCAGUUCUUAUUGAUUACCAGAGGAAUGUUCCAGCUGCCAGAGAGCCAGAAGUGCUUAGUACAAUGGCUAUCAUAGUAAACAAAUUGGGGGGGCACAUUACUGCUGAAAUACCUCAGAUAUUUGAUGCUGUUUUUGAAUGCACAUUGAAUAUGAUUAAUAAGGAUUUUGAAGAGUACCCUGAACACAGAACAAACUUUUUUUUAUUACUACAAGCAGUAAACUCCCAUUGCUUUCCAGCGUUCCUGGCUAUUCCACCUGCACAGUUCAAGCUAGUAUUGGAUUCUAUCAUUUGGGCUUUCAAGCAUACAAUGAGAAAUGUUGCAGAUACAGGCCUUCAGAUCCUUUAUACACUUUUACAAAAUGUUGCACAAGAAGAAGCUGCUGCCCAGAGCUUUUAUCAAACUUAUUUCUGUGACAUUCUUCAGCACAUUUUUUCUGUUGUAACAGACACAUCUCAUACUGCUGGUUUGACGAUGCAUGCAUCAAUUCUUGCAUACAUGUUCAACUUAGUAGAAGAAGGAAAAAUAAGUACUCCUUUAAACCCUGGAAAUCCAGUAAACAACCAAAUGUUUAUUCAGGAGUAUGUUGCUAAUCUUCUUAAAUCUGCAUUUCCUCAUCUACAAGAUGCACAGGUUAAACUGUUUGUAACAGGACUCUUCAGUUUAAAUCAGGAUAUUCCUGCUUUCAAGGAACACCUUCGGGACUUCCUAGUACAAAUAAAGGAAUUUGCAGGUGAAGACACAUCUGACUUAUUCCUGGAAGAAAGAGAGACAGCUCUUCGACAGGCUCAGGAGGAAAAACACAAACUUCAGAUGUCUGUCCCUGGCAUCCUUAAUCCACAUGAAAUUCCUGAGGAAAUGUGUGAUUAAAAAAUAACCAGUUUUUCUGUUUUCUUUCUGUACAGCUGCUUUGUUGUAGGAGAAAACAGGACUUGGAUAUUUGUUGACCAAAAUGAUGCCAAUUUGUAAAUUUAAGAUGUCACCUAGUGGCCCUUUUUUCUUAUGUGUUUUUGUAUAAGAAUUUUUCUGUGAAAUAUCCUUCCAUUGUUUAAGCUUUUUGUUUUGGUCAUCUUUAUUUAGAUUUGCAUGAAGUUGAAAAUUAAGGCAUUUUAAAAAUAAAACACUUCAUGCCCAUUUUGUGGCUAAGAGUAAAAAAGGCAAAACAUAUAACUUGUAAAGUCUAUUGCAAAAUUAAACAUUUUUCCAGUUAAAACACUUUUUUUUCUUUUAAUUAAGGAUCAUUUUCUAGUCUGUUCUGCAGUCUAGAAAAAGGGUAAUAAAGAAAUCCAUCAAAUUAAUUGUUAGUAAUAGGAAGAUGAAUGCUGCAUCAUCAGACAUGAGCAGCUUUGGAGCUAAGUGAUAAGGCUAGGCUACUGAUAUUUGCAAGUCAUAUGGCAAAUUUGCAGCAAGAUCAUGUGCAUAUCAUCCCAUUGUAAAGCAACUUGGAAAAAUAUGGGAACACAGUACAGUUAGUUAUUUUUACACAGUUCUUUUGUUUUUGUGUGUGUGCUGUCGCUUUGUCGACAACAGCUUUUUGUUUUCCUCAAUGAGGAGUGUUGCUCAUUUGUGAGCCUUCAUUAACUCGAAGUGAAAUGGUUAAAAUAUUUAUCCUGUUAGAAUAGGCUGCAUCUUUUUAACAAGCUCAUUAAAGAAGAACUCUGGCUUUUGAGAUGACUUCUACUAAUUUACAUUGUUUACCAUGCUGUAGUGCUUUAAGAACACUACUUAAAAAGCAAAAUAAACUUGGUUUACAUUUAU